AUGGACAACAAACAGCGCCAAUAUGCGAGACUAGCAGCACAUUUGAAACAACUUCGUGAGAAUCUCGAUGAGACAACGGCUCAAGUGGAAAUCAUGGCAAACCAAAGCAAUAUGAUAACGAAACUGGGAGCCGUCCAAGCCAGCACUUUCAUCGGCAGUAACCGUGUAUUCGAAGAUGAAAUGUUAAAGAAAUGA